AUGCUUCGCAAACUUCUCGCAAAGUCCCUUGGUCAAGUACUUCGCUCCACGCGCCGUUCAUACAAAAUGCCGGAUCCAUACCGCGAGUCUUACCGACCUGGGUUCGACCCCAUUGUUAUAUCUGGUUUUCUCUUAGUUACCGUACCUAUCGUUUGGAUGGCCUAUGAUAUCGCUUUCGAGACCGACAAAGACAUUCAGCCUAAGUAG